AUGGCUUCGAGUCUGACAGCCCAAAGGGUAACGCCAUACCUAGUCUAUUUAGUGUUUAUUGUAACGCUUGGCCCGCUUCAAUUCGGGUAUCACCUGGCAGAGCUCAAUGCCCCCCAGGCAAUAAUUACAUGCGAGCGCAAAGGAACUCACCACUCGAAUAUCAAUUUCCAUAGUCUCCCCCAAUGUCUCCCCAUGAGUCCAUCCCAAUUCGGCCUCGUCUCUUCAAUUUACACGUUCGGCGGCUUGGUGGGAGCUCUACUAGCCGGGCCCGUCGCAACAAGAUACGGACGUGUACUAGCACUACGAGCAACUACAGUGUUUUUUAUCCUGGGUCCAGUGGCUGAGACCCUUGCACCCGCCAUUCCACUUCUGAUUCUAGGUAGAUUUCUCUCCGGAGUCGGGUCCGGAGCAGCCAUUGUCGUGGGCCCAAUCUAUAUUUCGGAAAUCGCUCCUCCUAGUGCUAGAGGCUUCUUCGGUGCAUUUACUCAGGUCAUGACCAAUGUCGGCAUCCUAUUGACUCAAACACUGGGCUAUUUCUGGAGUGAUGCAAGUCUCUGGCGAUUGAUCUUGGCUGUGGCCGGAAUGAUCGGCGCCUUGGAGUUGAUCGGGCUGUUCCUAGUACCGGAGAGUCCUCUGUGGCUUGCAGAACAUGAUAAGCUCAGCCAGGCGCGUCGGAUAUUGCAACGGAUUCGCGGUCGAGACGCUGAUAUCGAAGCGGAGGUUGCGAGCUGGAAGGUCUCGGGUGUUCCCGUGUCUGGCGAGGAAGAAGCGUUGCUUGCACCGUCAGGAACCGAACCGACAAAGAAGCCUGCGGUCACAUUUGUGCAGGUUGUUCGAGAUCCCUACUACCGCCCGGCUAUUGUUGCUGUCGUUGGAGUGAUGGUCGCUCAACAGUUUACCGGAAUGAACAGCAUUGUCAUGUACAGCGUGUCUUUGCUACAGAGUAUUCUACCCACGACGGCGGCACUACUCACCGUGAUAAUCUCAGCCAUCAAUCUUGUGAUCACGCUUUUGUGCUCUCCGCUACCCGACCGCAUCGGCCGAAAGACCUGUCUCAUUCUGAGCAUUUGCGGCAUGGGCUGCAGCUCCAUUCUUCUCGCGAUCAGCAUAUACGUCAACGGCAAGAUCCUCACGGCGAGUGCUGCAUUGCUCUUUGUGUCUAGUUUCGCGAUCGGACUGGGCCCCGUUCCUUUUAUUCUUGCCUCCGAGCUUGUUGGACCAGAGGCAGUGGGGGCAGCGCAAAGUUGGGCUUUGGGGGCCAAUUGGGUAGCGACGUUUGUGGUCGCGCAAUUUUUCCCCAUACUUAAUGAUGCCCUUGGUCGUGGCAAGGUUUACUGGGUUUUUGCGGCUAUGGCCGGACUAUUAGGUGGCUUCAUCUAUCGAUAUGUGCCAGAAACCAAAGGUAAAGCUAAUGCCGAUGAGGUUUGGGGAAGGACGGACCGACGACAAGAUUAG